GGCAGCGACGUGCCCCAGCUCGAUCAAAAAAGAUGGCCGCAGCGCUCGCUGUCGCCACCGUCGCGCUACUGUGCCUCACCGUCGUCCCCAGCCACGCCGCGCUGCAGGUCGGCUUCUACAGUGGAAAGUGCAACGGCACCGACGUCGAGGCCACCAUCAAAAGCAUCGUCGCCGCCCGUUUCGCUCGGGACCGCUCCAUCGUCCCCGCCCUCCUCCGCCUGCAGUUCCAUGACUGCUUCGUCAGGGGAUGCGACGCAUCGAUACUGUUGGAUGGGAGUGGAACCGAGAAGACGGCACGCCCCAACCUAAGCGUGAGAGGGUACGACCUCAUCGACCAGGCCAAGGCAGCACUGGAAAGCAAAUGCGCCGGCGUUGUUUCCUGCGCUGAUAUCAUCGUCGUCGCAACGAGGGAUGCUGUCGUGCUGGGAGGUGGGACGCAGUAUACGUAUGCGGUUCCGACAGGGAGGAGGGAUGGCAACAUCUCGCUUGCGUCUGAUGCCACCAGAAAUCUGCCUGGGGAUUCCUUCUCGGCCUCCCAAGCGAUUACGGCGUUCCGGGCGAAAGGGCUCAGCGCUUCGGACAUGGUGUUACUUCUAGGAGGACAUACCGUUGGGCUCACGCACUGCUCCUUCAUCCUUAAUCGGCUCUACAACUACAAUGGGUCGGGGAAACCAGACCCGGCCAUGGAUCCCGCGUUUGUGGCCAUGCUGAAGUCGAGGUGCCCGCAGACGUCGACGGUUGACAACACUGUCCUCCUCGACCACGGCACUCCCACCACCGUGGACAACAGCUACUACAAGCAGCUCCUGGCGAGAAGGGGCGUGCUCAAAGUGGAUCAGAACAUAGCGUCGGACGCGGCGACCAACGCCACGGUGAGGGUGCUGGCCGGCGGCAGCUCGAGCUUCCCGGCGCUGUUCGGGGGUGCCAUGGUGAGGAUGGGCGGCAUCCAGGUGCUCACUGGGACGCAAGGCCAGAUCCGGAAGUCGUGCAGGGUCGUCAAGAAAUGAGGCUGAAGCCUCCGGUCGCUGAUGUCGUCUCCUUUGGUUUGGGAGUUCCUUUUGUCAUUUGAACUUUGGUUGGUUUCUGUGUUUGUUUGUUUGUUGGGAUAAAUAAAUAAAUAACAGAGU